GACGUGUCAGUCAGGAAGUGCUAACGGCUAACUGCUAACCUGUAUUAUUAUUAUUAUUAUUAUAUGUGCACAGCUCAGAGACGCGAUCAUAAUUAGAUUCAUCACACUCAUACAUCGUCAUGUUGACUAAAUUUGAGACUAAAUCUGCUCGAGUGAAAGGGUUGAGUUUCCACCCGAAGAGACCCUGGAUCUUGGCCAGUCUGCACAAUGGGGUGAUCCAGCUCUGGGACUAUCGCAUGUGCACCCUCAUCGACAAGUUUGAUGAACAUGAUGGUCCAGUGAGAGGAAUCGACUUUCAUAAGCAGCAGCCUCUGUUCGUCUCGGGAGGAGACGACUACAAAAUAAAGGUGUGGAACUAUAAGCUGAGGCGUUGCCUCUUCACCCUGCUCGGACACUUGGACUACAUCCGCACCACCUUCUUCCACCAUGAGUACCCCUGGAUUCUGAGCGCCUCAGACGAUCAGACCAUCCGACUGUGGAACUGGCAGUCCAGGACGUGUGUGUGUGUCCUGACGGGACAUAACCACUACGUGAUGUGCGCUCAGUUCCACCCCUCGGAGGACCUGGUGGUGUCGGCCAGUCUGGAUCAGACGGUGCGGGUGUGGGAUAUUUCCGGUUUGAGGAAGAAGAACCUGUCCCCCGGCGCCGUGGAGACAGAGGUUCGUGGCAUCACGGGCGUGGAUCUGUUCGGGGCCUCGGACGCCGUGGUGAAACACGUACUGGAGGGUCACGAUCGGGGGGUGAACUGGGCGGCGUUUCAUCCCAGCAUGCCUCUGAUCGUCUCCGGGGCCGAUGAUCGUCAGGUGAAAAUCUGGAGGAUGAACGAGUCUAAGGCGUGGGAGCUGGACACCUGUAGGGGGCACUACAACAACGUGUCCUGCGCCGUCUUCCACCCGCGUCAGGAACUCAUCCUCUCCAACUCUGAGGACAAGAGCAUCCGGGUGUGGGAUAUGUCCAAGAGGACCGGGGUGCAGACCUUCCGCAGGGACCACGAUCGCUUCUGGGUGCUGGGAGCUCACCCCAACCUCAACCUGUUCGCUGCUGGACAUGACAGUGGGAUGUUGGUGUUUAAGCUGGAGCGUGAGCGCCCUGCGUACGCCGUGUACGGGAACAUGCUGUACUACGUGAAGGAUCGAUUCCUGCGCCAGCUCGACUUCAACAGCAGCAAAGAUACAGCAGUCAUGCAGCUGCGCAGUGGUUCUAAGAACCCGGUGUUCAGCAUGUCCUACAACCCCGCCGAAAACGCCGUGCUGCUGUGUACGAGAGCAGCGAAUCUGGAGAACAGCACCUACGACCUGUACUCCAUCCCCCGCGAGAGCGACUCCCAGAAUCCUGAUGCUCCAGAAGGUAAACGUUCAUCAGGAUUAACAGCGGUGUGGGUGGCUCGCAAUCGCUUCGCCGUGCUGGACCGUAUGCACUCGCUGCUGAUUAAGAACCUGAAGAACGAGAUCGUGAAGAAGGUUCAGGUCCCGAGCUGUGAGGAGAUCUUCUACGCAGGAACCGGAUCUCUGCUGCUGAGAGACGCUGACGGGGUCACGCUGUACGACGUGCAGCAGAAGCGCUCGCUCGCUACCGUCAAGAUCGCCAAGGUCAAAUACGUGGUGUGGAGCGCAGACACCAGCCACGUCGCCCUGCUGGCCAAACAUGGUACUGCACCUCACAACGUUACUGUAAUAAUACGGCCAGUCCUGACCGGCCACACCCUCAUAACUGUACUGCUGUUUUAUCCCUCCGCAGCGAUCAUGAUCUGUAACAGGAAGUUGGAGAGUCUGUGUAACAUCCAUGAGAACAUCCGUGUGAAGAGCGGCGCCUGGGACGAGAGUGGAGUGUUUAUCUACACCACCUCUAACCACAUCAAAUACGCCCUCACCUCCGGUGAUCACGGGAUCAUCCGAACCCUGGACCUCCCUAUUUACGUGACGAGGGUGCGAGGGAACAGCGUGUACUGUCUGGAUCGGGAGUGCAGACCUCGCGUCCUCAACAUCGACCCCACCGAGUACCGCUUCAAACUCGCCCUGGUUAACCGCAAAUACGACGAGGUGCUGCACAUGGUGCGAAAUGCCAAGCUGGUGGGUCAGUCCAUCAUCGCGUACCUGCAGAAGAAGGGCUACCCGGAGGUGGCGCUACACUUCGUCAAGGAUGAGAAGACCCGCUUCAGCCUGGCGCUGGAGUGUGGGAACAUCGAGGUGGCGCUAGAGGCGGCGAAGGCUCUGGACGAUCGGAGCUGCUGGGAGCGGCUGGGUGAGGCGGCGCUGUUGCAGGGGCAUCAUCAGGUGGUGGAGAUGUGCUACCAACGUACCAAGAACUUCGACAAGCUCACCUUCCUCUACCUCAUCACCGGCAACCUCGCCAAGCUCCGCAAGAUGAUGAAGAUCGCUGAAAUCAGGAAGGACAUGAGUGGACAUUAUCAGGGUGCUCUGUAUCUGGGGGACGUCAGUGAGAGGGUGCGCAUCCUCAAAAACUGUGGGCAGAAGUCUCUGGCGUACCUGACCGCAGCGACUCACGGGAUGGACGAGGAGGCUGAAGCUUUGAAGGAAACCUUUGACCUGGAGAAGGAGAUGAUCCCAGAGGUGGACCCGAACGCCCAGCUCCUGCAGCCUCCUCCUCCCAUCAACCCUCUGGACACUAACUGGCCCCUGCUCACCGUCUCCAAGGGCUUCUUUGAGGGAGUCAUUGCUGCAAAAGGUAAAGCAGGUCCGAUGGCAGCUGAUCUGGACAUGGAUGCUCCUGGAGGAGAAGGAUGGGGAGAAGAUGCAGAGCUUCACCUGGAUGAAGAUGGGUUUGUGGAUGCUCAGGAGGGUCUGGGUGAUGAUGGAGCUGUGGGGAAGGAGGAAGGUGGAGGAUGGGAUGUGGAGGAAGAUCUGGACCUUCCACCAGAACUGGAUGUUCCUGCUGCUGGUGGAGGCGGAGCUGAAGGAGAAGGCUUCUUUGUCCCGCCCACUAAAGGCGUUAGCCCCGCCCAGCAGUGGUGUAAUAACUCCCAGCUUCCUGUUGAUCACGUUCUGGCCGGUUCCUUUGAGACGGCCAUGAGGCUGCUGUAUGAUCAGGUUGGCGUGGUCUGCUUCGAGCCCCUGAAGCCCCUCUUCCUGCAGACCUUCUCUCGUGCCCGUGUGUCGUACGUGGGGCUGCCCUCUCUGCCCUGCCUCUUCUCGCACCCUCUGAGGGACGAGGGCCGGAAACAGAGGGACGGGCAGAAGGGCGGAGUACCCGCCGUGGGGCUGCACCUGCGUGACCUCAUCGCCCGGCUGCAGCAGUGCUACCAGCUCACCACCGGGGGGCGCUUCGACGAGGCCGUCGAGAAGUUCAGGUCCAUCCUGCUGUCGGUCCCGCUACUGGUGCUGGAUAACAAACAGGAGAUCGCCGAGGCUCAGCAGCUGAUCACUAUCUGUAAGGAGUACAUCCUGGGUCUGAGCAUGGAGACGGAGAGGAAGAAGCUCCCUAAAGAGAGUCUGGAGCAGCAGAAGAGGCAGUGUGAGAUGGCGGCGUACUUCACCCACUGUAACCUGCAGCCGGUGCACAUGGUGUUGGUGUUGCGCACGGCGCUCAACCUCUUCUUCAAACUGAAGAACUUCAAAACAGCCGCCAUGUUCGCCCGCCGGCUCCUGGAGCUGGGGCCCAAACCUGAGGUGGCACAGCAGACCCGUAAGAUCCUGGCGGCGUGUGAGAAGAACCUGACCGACGCCCACCAGCUGAACUACGACCCCCACAAUCCCUUCGACCUCUGUGCUGCCUCCUUCACCCCUCUGUACCGAGGACGCCCAGUAGAGAAGUGCCCCCUCUCCGGAGCCUGCUACUGCCCCACCUACAAGGGGCAAGUGUGCCGGGUCACACAGGUGACUGAGAUCGGUAAGGACGUGAUCGGGCUCCGCGUGAGCUCCCUGCAGUUCCGCUAAAGAAGAAACCGCCAGUUUAACGUUUGUUCCCUGAAUAAAAUUCUAUAUUAACUCUAUAUGUAACUCUAUAAUUCAGUAGAAUUUGCUCCUGGUUUUUGGCUCUAGCUGAUUGACGUUGUUCUGUCUGUGACGUUCUCACCCUGCUGCUGCUCUCACAUCCUGAAAUAAAACCUUCAUCAACUCUA